GACAUGAGCCGGCAGUACGAGAGGAUGCACAAGGAGCUCACCGACAAGCUGGAGCACCUGGAACAAGAGAAACACGAAUUGCGGCGGCGCUUUGAGAACAAGGAGGGAGAGUGGGAAGGAAGAGUGUCUGAACUGGAGAGCGACGUGAAGCAGCUGCAGGACGAGCUGGAGAAGCAGCAGGUGCACCUGCGCGAAGCCGACCGCGAGAAGACGCGCGCUGUCCAGGAACUCUCCGAGCAGAACCAAAGACUCCUGGACCAGCUCAGCAGGGCGUCGGAGGUGGAGCGGCAGCUCUCCCUGCAGGUCCACACCCUCCGGGAGGACUUUCGGGAGAAGAAUUCCUCCAGCAGCCAACACAUCGUGCGGCUGGAGAGCCUCCAGGCCGAGCAGGUCCUUGAAAUCAAAAUGCUGACAGACAGGAAGCGGGAGCUGGAGCAUCGCCUCAGUGCCAUGAUGGAGGAGAACGACCUGCUCCAGGGGACUGUGGAGGAGCUGCAGGAUCGAGUCCUCAUCCUGGAGAGACAAAGCCAUGACAAGGACCUGCAGCUGCACCAAAGCCAGCUGGAGCUCCAGGAGGUGAGGCUGUCCUACCGGCAGCUGCAGGGCAAGGUGGAGGAGCUCAACGAGGAGAAAAGUCUCCAAAACCUCAACACAACCAGCACAUCCCUGCUCUCUGAGAUAGAGCAGAGCAUGGAGGCAGAGGAGCUGGAGCAAGAACGAGAACAGCUGAGGCUGCAGCUGUGGGAGGCGUACUGCCAGGUGCGCUACCUCUGCUCCCACCUGCGGGGCAACGACAGCGCCGACUCGGCCGUGUCCACUGACUCCUCCAUGGACGAGUCCUCAGAAACCUCAUCAGCCAAAGACGUGCCGGCCGGGAGCCUGCGGGCAGCGCUCAGCGAGCUCAAGAGACUGAUACAAAACGUGCUGGACGGGGCAGACUCCACGAGCUCUCGGCGAAGCGACGACGACACCUUAGAGGAGCAGAUCAGGAGAACAAGUGAGGAUUCACGAGCCCUGAGGGAAUUAAUGGAGGGAGAACGGGGGAAACUGAGGCAGAGUUUGGAGGAGCUGCAGCGACUGCACAGCCAGGUGACGCUGCUGAGUGUGGAGAUGACGACGCUGAAGGAGGAGCGGGACCGGCUGCGCGGCGCUGCCGAGGACAAGGAGGCGAGCGAACGGCUCCUGCAGGCCAUCAGGGACCGCGACGAGGCCAUCGCCAAGAAGAACGCAGUGGAGGUGGAGCUGACCAAGUGCAAGAUUGACAUGAUGUCCCUCAACAGCCAACUCCUGGAUGCCAUCCAGCAGAAGGUGAACCUCUCGCAGCAGCUGGAGGCCUGGCAGGAUGACAUGCACAGGGUCAUUGACCAGCAGCUGAUGGACAAACACCCGAAGGAAUGGAGCCAGCUUGCUUAUUCCUUCUCCAGUGGCUCCGGCGCCAAGCGGAGUGCCAGGCCCUCCCCCGCCCUCAGGCCGGAGCAGCAGGGGGACGAGCCCGUCGGGGCCGAAGGAAACCGUCUCUUCUCCUUCUUCAAGAAAAAUUAA